CAGCAGUGUCUUAUGGAACCAAGUGCCUGGGGGAAUAGGACAACUGUCACUGAAUUCAUCCUUCUUGGUCUGACAGGGAAUGUAGGACUACAACCCAUCCUGUUUGCUGUCUUCCUCUUUGCUUAUGUAAUCACAGUUGGAGGCAACUUCAGCAUCCUGGCUGCCAUCUUUGUGGAACCCAAACUCCACACUCCCAUGUACUACUUUCUGGGGAACCUGUCUCUGCUGGACAUUGGGUGCAUCACUGUCACAGUUCCUCCAAUGCUGGCAUGUCUCCUGGCCCACCAGUGCAGAGUCCCCUAUGCAGCUUGCAUUUCACAGCUCUUCUUCUUUCACCUCCUGGCUGGUGUGGACUGCCACUUGUUGACAGCCAUGGCCUAUGACCGCUACCUGGCCAUCUGUCAGCCUCUCACCUAUAGCACCCGCAUGAGCCGGGAAGUCCAGGGUGCUCUCGUGGGCAUUUGCUGCACCAUCUCCUUCAUCAAUGCUCUGACUCACACAGUGGCAGUGUCUGUGCUUGAUUUUUGUGGACCUAAUGUGGUCAACCACUUCUACUGUGACCUUCCACCUCUUUUCCAGCUCUCUUGCUCCAGCAUCCACCUCAAUGGACAACUGCUCUUUGUGGGGGCCACCUUUAUGGGAGUGAUCCCUAUGAUCCUUAUCUCAGUGUCCUAUGCCCAUGUUGCAGCUGCCGUCCUGCGAAUACGCUCAGCGGAGGGGAGGAAGAAGGCCUUCUCCACGUGUGGCUCCCACCUCACUGUGGUCUGCAUCUUCUAUGGAACUGGCUUCUUCAGUUACAUGCGUCUAGGCUCAGUCUCAGCCUCAGACAAGGACAAAGGGAUUGGGAUCCUCAAUACCAUCCUCAGUCCCAUGCUAAACCCCGUCAUCUACAGCCUCCGGAACCCUGAUGUGCAGGGUGCCUUGAAGAGAGUGCUAACAGGGAAGAGGCCCCCAGCAUGA